AUUAUAUCUAACGGACUGCCGACUGCCUUCAAAGGCCGUCAAAUCUCGUAAUUCCAUACUCUCUAGACCUAUUUGACACCAUGUCUCGAUCACUGUUCUCAAGGCGUAUUUGGGCCACUGCUUCCCAGCCUUCGGUAUGUCUGUCAUGCCGAGCCAGAGUGAGGAGUCUUUCUUCGACGGCAUCCCUAAGGGCGGCCGGGAACGGCGAAGCUCAGAAUACAUUGAUGGGAGAGCACCUGAAGGACGCCGAUCCCGAGAUAUAUGAGAUAUUACAACGAGAAAUCAAAAGGCAGAAGCAUUUCAUCAACCUAAUCCCAUCCGAGAAUUUCACCUCCCAAGCCGUACUUGAUGCUCUUGGGAGUGUUAUGCAGAACAAGUACUCAGAAGGCUACCCCGGUGCACGAUACUAUGGGGGUAAUGAACACAUCGAUGAGUCAGAACGACUCUGCCAGAAGCGAGCACUCGAGACUUAUCGACUCGACCCAGAGCAGUGGGGAGUCAAUGUCCAACCAUUAUCUGGCUCACCCGCAAAUCUCUAUGCCUAUUCCGCUCUUCUCAACUCGCACGAGAGAAUCAUGGGUCUCGACCUGCCCCACGGUGGCCAUUUAUCUCACGGCUAUCAGACCCCGACUAAGAAAAUCUCCAUGAUCUCCAAAUACUUCGAAACAUUCCCCUACCGACUCGACGAAUCAACAGGCUUGAUUGACUAUGACAGACUGCAUGAAAACGCCAUCCUAUACCGGCCCAAAAUCAUCGUGGCCGGGACCUCCGCCUACAGCCGACUCAUCGAUUACGAACGCAUGCGCUCCAUUGCCAACGACGUUGGGGCAUACCUCCUUUCCGACAUGGCCCAUAUCUCUGGUCUCGUCGCAGCGGACGUAAUUCCCAGCCCCUUUUCGAACUCAGACGUCGUUACCACUACCACGCACAAAUCUCUCCGGGGGCCCCGCGGAGCCAUGAUUUUCUAUCGUAAAGGCGUUCGCCGAACGACCAAGAAAGGCGACAAGGAAAUGUAUGACCUUGAAGGCCCUAUCAAUGCGUCCGUUUUCCCCGGCCAUCAGGGUGGUCCGCAUAACCACACUAUCACUGCGCUAGCUGUAGCCUUGAAACAAGCCCAGACCAAGGAAUUCAAGGAGUAUCAGAAGACCGUGGUUGCCAACGCGAAAGCGCUGGCCGCACGGCUCGGCAACUCCGCUAACAGCGGUGGUUUGGGGUACAAUAUUGUCAGUGGCGGCACGGAUAACCACCUCGUCCUUGUCGAUUUGAAGUCAAAGGGUAUUGACGGCGCGCGGGUUGAGCGCGUCCUCGAACUCUGCGGCGUGGCGUCGAACAAGAAUACCGUGCCAGGCGACAAGUCGGCUCUCAAGCCUGGUGGGUUGAGAAUGGGCUCUCCCGCCAUGACGACUCGCGGAUUCCAGCCAAAUGACUUUACUCGUGUGGCUGAGAUUGUCGACCGCGCCGUGUCAAUUGCGAUCAAGGUCGACAAGAAGGCACGCAGCGAGGCCGAGGCGCAGGGGAAGAAGAACCCUGGCGCGGUCAAGAGUUUCUUGGACCAUCUCAAGGACGGGACCGAUGUGCCCGAAAUACUCACACUCAGGCAGGAGGUGGAGGAUUGGGUGGGCACAUUUGCUCAGCCUUGGAUCAAGGAGUGAAGUGCGGCGUAUAACUGAAUCGUUACGGUAGAUACAGGUUGAUGUCGUACGUGAGUGGACACCAGAGAUGGCGGCCUAGUCGCGUGGUAGGAGGGUGUUGCUUGAGGGAGAGCCAUGUCUGAAUUGUUAUACUGAUGACUGGAUCGGGAAAAGCAAUAUGAACAUAAUACUUCCGCAGUAAAAUCAUAAAAGUCUGCCUCGAUCCGCUCGUGAAUGUCGGUGGUGAUC